AGUGCGCACGCUCCGUAUCCCUGACGUACCGCAUUUACAUUGCCCACAACUCUUUUCCCUCAAUCAAUUCUUUUAAAACAAUCCAGUUUCUAAAACGUGUUAACUCGCCUUCGGUGUCCGCGCGAAAUGCGGAUUCCUUCAUCGGAACGGAAGUCCAGAAAUCUGCUUCGUUUCGCGCUACUAAUGUUUGUUAUUGUACAUCGCUGGAUACUAUUUUCGCCCUAAAAGUACAAACUGCAACGAAGCAACGGUCUAAAUCCUAUCUCACGUGCAACUUGCCCAUUCGUCAAUUAAAGCAAUAAUAUAACUGCCAUUUAAUUCUAAGUGCUAGGUAUCUUUAAACACAAAAGUGGAGAAUUUUACGGCUCCUACAACCAACGCCGGGACAACUCCGGUGAGCGACAGAUACAGUGUCAUUCUGACGAUAGAUACCUCAACCUCCGACGGAUACGCUUUGAUAAACGAUUAUAACGCCACCCCGCUGUUCGCCUCGGAAAACGCCUCCAGUGAAGUGUGGAGUGCGGGCGGCGGGGGUGGCUCGACAGCAUGCGGUAGCAGCGGUAUGGACCUGAAACACGAGGUGGCCUACCGAGGCCUGCCCAGCCAGGUUAAGGCCGAACCGGGGGUCAGCCACAACGGGCAUCCCCUCAACGGGCACGCGAGGGACUGGAUGGCUGGUGGCGGUGGCUCCCCGUCACCGGGUGCAGCCCAGCCACAACCGAACGGGUACUCCUCGCCGCUGUCGUCGAGCAGCUACGGACCUUACAGCCCGAAUGGAAAGAUAGGCAGGGAGGAACUGUCACCGGCGUCGAGCAUAAAUGGCUGCAGCACGGAUGGCGAUGCACGAAGACAGAAGAAAGGUCCGGCGCCGCGGCAGCAGGAGGAGCUGUGCCUCGUCUGUGGUGACAGAGCCUCUGGGUAUCAUUACAAUGCACUCACGUGCGAAGGCUGUAAAGGCUUUUUCCGACGGAGUGUCACCAAAAAUGCAGUUUACAUUUGCAAGUUUGGUCACGCCUGUGAAAUGGAUAUGUAUAUGCGAAGAAAAUGCCAAGAAUGCCGAUUAAAGAAGUGCCUAGCGGUGGGCAUGAGGCCCGAGUGUGUGGUCCCGGAGCCCCAAUGCGCAUUGAAAAGAAAGGAAAAGAAAGCACAGAGAGAAAAGGACAAAUUACCAGUUAGCACAACCACAGUAGAUGAUCACAUGCCACCCAUUAUGCAGUGUGAUCCUCCUCCGCCUGAUGCAGCCAGGAUCCUGGAAUGUUUGCAGCACGAAGUGGUCCCGCGGUUCCUAUCUGAGAAACUCCUGGAACAGAACAGGUUGAAGAAUAUUCCGCCUCUUUCGCCCAACCAGCAGUUCUUGAUCGCCAGGCUCGUCUGGUACCAAGAUGGGUACGAGCAGCCUUCGGAGGAGGAUCUCAAAAGAGUCACACAGACUUGGCAACACGGCGAGGAGGACGACGGGGACACAGACUUGGCCUUCCGUCAGAUCACAGAGAUGACCAUUCUGACGGUGCAGCUCAUAGUGGAGUUCGCCAAAGGUCUACCCGGCUUCGGGAAAAUCUCGCAACCAGAUCAAAUCACUCUGCUAAAGGCGUGUUCGAGUGAAGUGAUGAUGCUGCGCGUCGCUCGGCGGUACGACGCCAGCACGGACAGCAUUUUGUUCGCGAACAACGAGGCGUACACUCGCGACAACUAUCGCAAAGCGGGCAUGAGCUACGUCAUAGAGGAUCUGCUGCACUUCUGUCGCUGCAUGUACGCCCUGUCGCUGGACAACGUGCACUACGCGCUGCUCACGGCCGUCAUCAUAUUCUCGGAUCGGCCGGGGCUCGAACAGCCCAACCUGGUGGAGGAGAUCCAGAGGUACUACCUGACAACUCUGCGGAUGUACAUCGUCAACCAGCUCAGCGCGUCUUCGCGCUGCUCCGUGCUGUUCGGAAAGAUCCUGUCCAUUCUUUCGGAAGUGCGCACGUUGGGCAUGCAGAACUCCAACAUGUGCAUAUCCCUGAAGCUGAAGAAUCGGAAGCUGCCUCCCUUCCUGGAGGAGAUCUGGGACGUGGCGGACGUGACGUCGCAGCCUCCGGCGCUGCUGGACAACGCGACCGAGCUCUAGCCCCCAGGGCCGCGGGGGCCCGAGGGGCCGAAGGGGCCGCGGGGGCCGAGGAGAGAGCGCUCACAGACUGGCUAGGUUAAGUGGAGUGACUUUACGUGCUGUUGGACGUUCGGAGUCUAUUGGCGUCGUUCCGCGACCGGACUCGACGCGAUCGUGAGAGUUAUAUCUGAUAUAUAGAGUUCUAUUCGAAAGAGUUGAUAGUUGUGUUUGUUUACCGAAAUUCACCUUUUCGAUUGUAUAUUGGUAUAUUCGCUCGGCGGACUUUGUUGAUCUUUACUGACCGUUUGUUUCUAUAUAGUUUAUGUCCCGCGUUACGUCCCUUCUCCUGCGCCCGUGUCCCGAUUUUUUUUAUUAUCGCUGUGAUUACUUUAGAGUUCGAGUGUGUCUCGAUGCAGACAGUUUCGGUAAAUCCCUCUGCAUCUCGGAGGGGUGACCCCGACGUAGGUCGCGGCCCCGUCGAUGGAUCUCUUCGUGACGUGGCUAAGCGCAGAAAAUCCGAUACGAUCGAUCACGUCGUGGAAGCGGCCGAUCGAAUGGACUACGCAUGAGUCAGAUAUUUUAAAAUUUUAAUGCCCAAAUUAAACUGGCCACCAGUUUGAUUUGGGCAUUUCACGAAACGAUCGGCCACGUCGCGAAGCAAUCGAUCUACGAUCGGGUCCCGAAAUUUCCACUUGAAACGAAAGAAUCGCUUAUCAAACUCUAUACAUAAGUUAAAUAAGGUUUGUGGGUGAUACGUUUUCUAAUUAGUUUCCAUCGUUCGCUUACGGCACUUCGGGACGCCGGAACCGCUCCAAACGAAGGAACCUAACGCCAAACCGUCGAUUUAACGGCCCGUUUCCUUUUGCCAAGGCGUUUUCUCGCAUCUGACACUCGUUUAAGAGAAAUCAAAAUCUUUUUAUGAUGUUUUGGUGGCAAAAGUAUUUCACACGGAGGUGUUUUUGCCGAUCGGGCGAAGAAAGACACAUUCGUAGGUUAAUCAUUAUUGUGUGCAUCUUCUCAUUAUUGCUCAUUAUUGUUUAUUAUUGUGCGGCAGCUGUUGAGACUGAAAGAGUUCUGUUAAAUUUGACUAAUACGUUACGCAGAGUUUUUAAAUGUGUUAUCUGAUAUAACUUGUAAUUGGCAGCUGAUUAGAGUUACUGGCGGUAAUCGAAAAAGAUGCACACGAUACGAGACAAUUACAAUAAUUAACUGCCAUUUGAACCACACACGGAAUGCCUUAUUUCACGUUACCUGUACUCUAGUACCUUCAUUGUUGAGAAUGGAUAUCAUAGUAUAUAGAACAUAAUUAGUCGAUCUCAAUUACCCGUAAGCGCAGCAUCCCUGACGCUUAAGCACCGUCGAGGCGUGUUUGAGGUUUUGGAGAUGAAUUUCUAGUAUACGCGUGAAUCCGCGUGUCACGAUCGAGCUAGCACCGCGGGCCGCGCGCUGCUCCGCUCGACGACAUCUUUUCGACUCGUGUUUAUAAUUAAGUCGUAGAGGUAGACGACCCAUAGUAGUAAUCGAAGCACAAACGCCACGGAGCGCCUCGGACGGGCCUCGGGGCGUAUACGACACACUGCCAUUUUACGUACGUAUACGUAACACGGUGCGAGCGAGCGAGUGGGCCUUCGCGGUAACGUUCGCCGCGAUCCAUGCCUUAGACUCGGAGCGAGUCGAGACAACCAAAACUGCCAUUCGGUUAGCGGUCGACGGACUCCGUCGGUGCGCAGCCGGUCGUGUUCGAUACGUAUUAUUCGAUUUUGAAAUUGUAAUAGAUUUAUUAAGUGUAAAAGUCUCGUCGGAGAUGAGUACCGUAAUAUAAUUUGUGUCUUAGCCGUUAACAUAAGCCGAGUUAGUAUCGCCGAGGGCCGUCGAAGACGGCCCCGGAGCGCCGGGUGGGGCUCGGGACGGACGGGACGGGCGGGACGGGACCGUCGAGACGGCCUUCCGUCGACGUCGGCCCUCCUUCGACGCGGAGUAUUCGAGGGAGCGAGGGUCUCGACCGCGUGUCCAUUUUUACUGUAUAUAGGUACCUCUAGAUUUUAUGGUCGUAUGUUUGACAUAUGUUUAAUUUUAUUCAUCUAAUAAAGUACAGAUGGCUGUUGUUAUUUUUAUAUUAUUUGGGUAGAAUAUAUUUUUUGUAAAUGACCUCUGUAUUUAUCUUUUGUAAGCUUUGUGAGGCGCGAGAGCGCAGAAGAGUAUUUCGUACCGAUGUUUGACGAUGCUUUGUUUCUUCAGAGUGCAAUAUGUACAAAUGAUUACGUAGAAAUACGAUGUACAGUCAUGUUUAGUUUUAAAGGCGCAAUUCGAUUCGCUGUCGGGAGCGUCGUACACUGGAAGCAUAAUAGGCCCUAUCACACUUUACGUGUUUUCUUAUACUUAAGCGAUUAAUUUUACAUAGUCGGAGUAGGUGAUCUUCGUAUUUGAAUUUGCUGAUUUUUGUAGCAGAUUGGACGAGACGAGUGAUGUACAUUUUGAAUUGAUUUCAAGUGAUUAAGUUAUUAUUUUAGAAAUGAAUUUUACUUAUUGAUAAUUCUAACCGCUGAUACCAGUGUCAUCGUGCAAUGUCCAUUAGAGAAAUAAACAAUAUUGAAGUGUAACUCCUCGCACUCUCGCGCAGCCUCUGCCGCGUCAGAUGUCACCGGAAGGCUGACACGAGAGAUGGGAUCCCAUUCCGUGUUCUUGCAUAUUGUUUCGUUUUCUAUGUAACUUUUUUUUCAUCCUAACUCUACGCCUUAGUGAACCCCUAUUUUAUAAUUUAACUGCAGCGGUGAGGAGAAUUAGUUAUAGGGAACAGACAUGACGAAUGUGUUGAAGUUUUAGAGAGACAACUUUUAUAAAAGAUACUAUCUACAAAACAAAUGAUUAAAAGGUGUACAAAACGAGGAAAUUUGUAUGAAACAUUGUUAUGCGAAUAAACUUACACCUCAACAUAAAAUA